ACAGUCGUGUCCUCGGUGACAGCGUCGACGGGGCCAUGCACGUCCGCGUCCGAACUGAAGCGUCGAGCAAUCGUGUCCGAAUGACAGUUUCGAGUGCCUGAGACUAAUCUACGAAGACGUGAUAAUCGAACAUGUAAAUAUAGGAAAAUCGCCGAGGAGUGCAAAAUAUUCGUGACAUGUCGGCGUGAAUCAAUCUCGACUGACACCUGGAAACGUAGCGGCGGACCGUCGUCACCUUGUGACUUGGCGCGCCGGCCAUGCUCCUACGUCGUCCUCCGAACUGAACUUCCUGGUACGUGAAUCAGGAUCGCCGGAACCUGACCUCGUGCGGCGAGGAUGAGCGCCAAGAUAUCGGCGGCUGGCCGCGACGGCGCGACACAGUCAAUUGUGAGCCAUCGUGCCGCGAGAGCGUCGCCCGUCAAGAGAUCGCUGUCGCCCGGUAAGCGUGACGAGGCCACUGGCAUCACAGAAAGAUCGCCGAAGCGUGCGGCUGUUUCGGAGCUGAAAUCAUUUUCGGACGGAAUUUCUGACCGAUCGUCACCCAGAGAAGUUAGCGAGAUGCCAGUUCUGACGAGAGUCUGUUCUCCUGCGACAUUGCCGAGGCUCAAGAAAUUUCGAUUUCAUCCAAUCGAUGCGUCAACUGCAGGACCUUGUCACGACGUAAGCAUCACCGACGUGAACUCCAACCAUCAUCAUCGUCAUCAUCAUCAUCCUGGACACAAUCAGCACGAUCAUCGGCCUCAAGACCGAAUUCCAUCGUCCUCCUCGAUGUCUACCUUGCUAUGCUGCGAGCCAGUAUCGGCUGGCCGGCCUCGGCCCAAUCUGAAACUCGUACUGAAUCGCAGCUUAAGCGAGCCAGGACCGAAUCCUUGUGCCUUCCCAGCCUCGCCAACCGCUUCGUCGAUCGCUACCUCCGUUAGUAACAACAACAGCAAUUCCAUCGUACCACCCUCGAUUAUUAUCGACGAAGAAACGAAUGAUAACGACGACGACGUCCACCGUCGUGGCUUCCAUCAUCUUCACUAUCACCAUCACCAUCAUCAUCACCAUCUUCAUCAUCACCAUCAGCUCUUGUCGAUAACUUCGAAGCGUUGCAAACUGGAGACCGCCAGUCUGCCCAACAGCCCCUGUGCGGAAAACGGCACCCUUCAUCGCCAGCUGGUGCUAAGCAAGACCCGCGUCGUCACUUCUGGCGAUCUCGCUCAGCGUCUCGCGCGUUUCGAACGAUCCUCCACCGUUUCGCCGGUGAUUCUGGAUUGCAGACCGUUCAUACUGUAUAAUGUUAAUCAUAUACGCGGCGCUAUCAACGUCAACUGCUCGGAUCGUUUCAAUCGACGCAGACUCCAGCUGGGAAAAGCUACUCUCGCCGAUCUCGCAACUGUUCGCGAGGCUAAAGAAUUGCUCAGGAGGAGACAAUUCAAGGAAGUCAUAGUGUACGAUGACUGCACUGAAGAUCUGGAACACUUGCCCGCUCAACAUCCAUUGUUUCUGGUGCUCGCCGCUCUUGUGGAUGAAGAUCGGGAACCCGCUCUGCUGAUCGGUGGACAUAGAGAGUUUCAAAGGCGGCAUCGAGAACUAUGCGAAGAUACGCUUCUACCGAACGGAACUACCAUCGAUUCCUCGUCGACGACGACAGUGAGCGGCUGCACGAGUCCCGGACCAGGUUGUCCCGUGCUUAGCGUCUCCGGUCCACCCACCCCGCAGCCAGCCGACAUCGACAGUCACCCGGCAUCCCGCGUGUUGCCCUUCCUUUAUCUCGGUAACGGUCGAGAUGCCGCUGAUCUGCAGCUGCUACGCGCCCUUGGAGCUACCCGGGUGCUGAACGUCACCUCGCAAUUGCCCGGCUACCACGAGGAACGGGGUAUCACAUACAGGCAGAUACCCGCCUCGGACUCUGGUCAUCAGAAUCUGAAACAAUACUUUGAGGAGGCGUUUGAUUUUAUCGAGGAAGCGCGGAAAGCCGGAAGUAGCGUGUUGGUACAUUGUCAAGCCGGCGUGUCACGCAGUGCGACGAUUGCAAUCGCCUACAUAAUGCGACACAAGGGCCUGUCGAUGGUGGAGGCGUAUAAGCUGGUGAAGAGCGCGCGUCCAAUCAUCAGUCCGAAUCUGAACUUCAUGGGUCAACUGUUGGAGCUCGAACAGGGUCUGCGGGCGUCCGGCAAUGUCGUCAACUCUGCUCCGGAAGAUCCCGUAAUGACAACAACGGCGACGGCGACAACGACGACAACGACAAGUAGCUGUCAUCAAUGCAGGUGGAGUCACCAACCUAAUAGUGAAGAGGUGGUCACCUCCGGUUGUAGCGUUUGAGACCGGGACCGUCUCUCGUAUCUUCUUCUUUUGAUUUUUUCGAGAGUACCGAUCGAAUCGUCAACGCCGACAUUGCAAACGCGCGAUAAACAUAUCCCGAGAUAUCAAGAGCGAAUGUCGGCAUUCUUCCUGUGCCUCUUCGUGACAAAUCUGGAUUAAUAGUUCCCGGGAUUGGAUGGUCGAUCAUUUAAAGAUACCGAUUGCAGAUAUAUAGAAAGAAUUGUGCGACGAUAAAGCCUUCGAUCGUUUUUGAAAUUAUGAAAUUUUUGGUUUUUCAAUCUUCGCAUUUUUCAACAUUUGAAUCAUCAUAUUUUUUAUCCAAGGCUUUUUGUUCAAAAUAUUCGCCCUUCGAAUCUUUCUUAGAAUUAAGAUUCAUAGAUUCUCGGAUUCCGUGCCUUCGAAAUGACCAUCCAAUUAAAAGGUAAGCUGCCAACCUGACAGAUUAAUUUAUUAAGGGACUCGAAGGAAAUGUAUGAAGAAGGUAUGUUACAUUCUUAUGAUAAAUGAUUUAUUUCUAUAAAUUAGAUGUACAUUAUUAUUCUCCUCUUGUAUUAAAAUACCACAUGCCGUAGCACAUAUUAAAAUUAGUCUAUACACUCCAUAUGCGACAAUAAAUCACUUUGAUACCAAUCGAGCAGCUUCAGCUGGAUAAGCUUAUUAUGAAUGUAACAUAUCUUCUCUUCAUGUUUAUCUAAAGAAAAUUAUAGGAGGGGUGGGGGAUUUUUUAUUUCGAAGAGGCGCAAAGUGACAAGGAGCGUAUUCUGUAUCAGAAAAACUUGAGCACGCUCUCUUUUAACUUCGAUAACGAAUAGCAGCGCGUCGCAAUUAUUUAUUUUCAAAUAAUGUUCAAUCGCGGUAAACAUUACUUGUACUUACGAUAUACAGUGUUCCCUAAUAUGCCUGGUUGAGUCAAUAGAGAGGCAAGUUAAACGUGCGGAGUGCUUGUUAGCGAACUUUUCGUUAAAUAAGCGGUCAAGUGUUGUCGUCCGGCAUUAUUUAUGCAAAAGCAAGCGAGGGAGGAAAAAACGAUGUUGACGGAAACGAUUGUUUAAAUGACUAAUUAUAGGCAGCUUGCAAUGUCGAGGAAAACUCGCGAUUAAAUGUUACAAUUUUAAAGAAACUAAGGAAUAAUAUUAAACAUCAGGUACCACGAUAUUAUAUCAACAAUUGAAAUAUCAUUUAACGCUAAACAUAAUACAUUUUGAUGUAUUAAUAUAAAAAAUAGCAACAUAUAAUGUAAUGUAUUUUUUGCUAUACUACACGCUGGUUUUGCGGUAGUUUAUUUAAACCAAUUUAAAGAUACAACAUUAAUUCAUAUAAAAUUUAAGUUUAUAUCAAUGUAGUUUAUAUCAACAUUUAUAAAAAGCAAAUGAAUCAAGAUUAAAUUCCAUAUUUAAUUUUUUUGUCUAACAUAACACGAUAUUAAUUUACAGAUAAAAAUAGCACGUUUGCCUCUCAACUGACUUUCUUCAUAUCAGGCAUGAACUUUUGCUAGAAAAAUUAUCCUCAGCACGAAAGAGAUAGUCGUCUAAUCAAUAUGUAUAGGGUGUUAAAAGAAAAAAAUGAGAUUCUAUUUUUUUAGACUAAUAGAAUUAAUUUUGCAAUGAUGGAAUAUCAUCUU